AUGGGGGCAUCCAGGCUAGAAAUCAAUGUCGAAAGACUUUUAAAUAAAUGUGAAAUAAUGGCUAAUGAUGAUUUAAAUAGGGAUUGGCGAUUAGAAACAUAUAUUAAAUCCUUAGAAAAAAUGAUAAAAGACUUGCAUAGUAUGCCAGUAACUUGUAAACCAGAAAAAGAGGUUUUGACAGAUUAUAUCAGAAGGUGUACUUUUCUAAAAGGCUUAAUUAAAACUGAACAAUUAGAAAACGCUACUGAAAAGAUUCUGGCCGUACAAUUAUUAUCGCAUGGUGUUGCUACUACUGAAACAAAUCCAGUUACAAAAGAAAUUCAUCAAAAAAGUACUAGUAAAUUUGAGAAACAACUCAAAGAUGAAUUAUUUGGAGUGAAGAGAAGAGAUUUACUAUCAGACUCUGCAUUACGCUUGCGGCAAUCAUCAUCUGUUGGAAAUUCAGAAGCUAGCUCAGGAGAAGAUCUUGAUGUAUUAAUUAAGUAUCAUCAUUCUAUGCAAGAAAAAAUAGCAGAAAACAUGUUGUCUAUGGCAAAAAAUUUAAGAGAACAAAGUGAAGUAGCAAGUUCAAUAAUAAAAAAGGAUACAGAGAUUGUUGCAAAAUCAGCAAAAAUAACUGAUGACAAUGUUUCAUCAUUAAAAACUGAAUCAGCUGUAUUAGCAGACCAUAAUAAAAGGGCUUGGAAAUGUUCUUUAUUGUUUAUGAUAAUUAUAGUCAUCAUAAUAUUCAUAAGUAUGGUCAUGUUUAUGAAAUUAUUUAAGAAAAAAGUAAUUAUGUAG